AUGAAUUCUUGUGCUAAUUUUUCAUUACCUCUUAACCCAGUUUUACCAGGAUUGUCACUGAAUCUUAUGUCUCCAGUUUUACCAGAACCGUCAUUACCUCUUGACCCAGUUUUAUCAGAAUUGUCGCUAGAUCAUAUAUCCUUUGUUUUACCAGGACUGUCAUUAAAUAUCACUAAUUUUAGUAGUGAUCAUCAGCCUUCUGAGCAAGGGGUUAGAACUAGUCAAAAGGAUGGAGAUAUAAUACAACAUGCUACUUUAGAAUGUUCAAGAUCAGGUAUUCACAAUCCUCAAGUAACUUGUAAUCCCACUAAAUGGCAAAAUGCAAUUACUUCAUUUGUGGAUAAUCAUAAUCACGUGCUUAGCACAACUAUUCAUGAAACGGCAUCAAGAUUCAGAAAAUUAAUGCUGGAAAUGUUAUCUGACAUUGAAAAAUAUGUAAUUCAAGGCUGGAUGGACUCUGGAUCUAUUUACUUUUUACUUAAACAUAACUAUCCCAAUAACCCUAUCUUUAAAAAAGACCUUUACAAUGCGGUAUAUCAGUUUCAAGCUACAAAUAAUUCAGAUGACUCAGAUGCAUUCCAAAUGCUUCAAAUGUUAUUAAGUUGGAAGGAAUUUGACCCUUUAUAG